UGGCGUCACUGUACUCAUCUCCCUUGAAACAUGAACGAGGAAUUUAGUAGAUCAAAAAGGAUGCAAGGCUACGCUAGAUUGUUAACCUUAGAAACUCCUAGAAGCUCCCAGCUUAGUAGGUUCCCGUAGUUGUCAAACCAGUCUUCUUGUUCUUCUUCUUCACAGCAGAUCUUGUGGUUUUGUGCAGAACAUCAAACCAAGUGCCUUUUCUUAAGGGUUUCUCCGGAUUCAUGAAGGGAAGCACAGAAAAGCUGUGAUUUUGAAAUGAGAACCUUCUUCUUGUUGUCUGUCAAUCCAAACAUAUUUGGAAUUUUCAAUCUCAACCAUAGGCUGUACUGAUUUUUUCUGAUUUGUAAAGAAUUAUUCAUUAUUUUUACAUUUUAGGAUUUUGGGACUGUCAAACCAUGGGUAUUACAGAAAACGGCAGGGUUGCUUUUGUUGUCUUCAUUGUAUCAUGCUUUUGGGGGAUUUCAUUGGCGGACUCCCAGACAAGUAUCGUAGGCUUAUACUGCGACACAACUAAUGCUGCGUCAGGUGCUUUUUUUGCCGAUUACUUUAUUCCCGCAAUGGAUAGUCUAAGCUCUCUUGUAAAUCAAAAUGGGUUUGGGACUACCGUUGUCGGAGAAGGCCCAAAUGCUGUUUAUGCUCUUGCCCAGUGCUUCAAAGACCUAAGUUCAGUAGAUUGCGAACUUUGCUUCUCAGUAAUUCGAUCCAUUCUCCCUAAGUGUUAUCCUAAGAUAGGAGGAAGGAUUUUUCUGGAAGGGUGUUUUGGUCGUUAUGAAAUUUUUUCGUUCUUCAAUGAAGCCAUGGAUUCAGGGGACUCAAAAGUAUGUUCUUACAGUAUGAACAGUUCCCUGCCUGAUAAGUUUAAAGAAAUUGUUAACGAGGCUGUUGGGAAUGUUAGCACAGAAGCUAUUAAGAAUCAGGGUUUUGCUGUUGGAUCGGUUUCAAACUCCAAUAUCUCAGUAUUUUCUCUUGCCCAAUGUUGGGAGAGCUUGGACAAUCAGAAAUGCAAUAGUUGCCUACAAGCUGCUGCUUCUUUUGUCAAUUCAUGUUCUCCAGCUCUUGAAGGUCAGUCAUUUAAUGCUGGUUGUUAUCUGAGGUAUUCAACUGGGAUGUUUUGGAAUUCACUUCCGACCACCUCGAAUUCAUCAGGAAAUCAUAACACCUUAUGGAUUAUCAUUGGUUCUGUUGGUGGAGUUGCGCUACUUUUAAGUUGAAUUGGGAAUUGGAAAGCCAAGGGAUACUUCCGCAGUUCAGAUUCUAAGUCUCUUAAAGGUAAGCAGCA